AUGCGACAUUUGAAGAACUGUGCCCAGCAAGGGUUGUGUAUCUAUUACAUGGUGCUGCUGGACUUUGCAGCUGGAUUUGGAAUUCCAGGUCAGCUGAUGAAACAAAUGGAUGUAAAAUCAGAGAACAAACCAUUGCCACAUCCCCGGACAAAAAGAAGCUGGGUAUGGAACCAGUUCUUUGUUCUGGAAGAGUAUAGAGGAACAGACCCACUGUACGUUGGCAAGCUUCACUCAGACAUGGAUGAAGGUGAUGGCUCAAUAAAAUAUAUUCUGAAUGGUGAAGGGGCAGGAACCAUGUUUACUAUUGAUGACACUACAGGUGACAUUCAUGCAAUACAGCCACUGGAUCGAGAAGAGAGGGCCCAAUAUACUCUCAAAGCCCAGGCUCUGGAUAGAAGGACUAGCAACCCCAUGGAGCCAGAAUCACAAUUUAUCAUUAAAAUUCAAGAUAUCAAUGACAAUGAACCCAAAUUCCUUGAUGGACCCUACACAGCUUCUGUACCAGAAAUGUCCCCUGUUGGUACCUCUAUUAUCCAAGUGUCAGCAACAGAUGCAGAUGAUCCUACCUACGGGAGUAGCGCAAGGGUGGUGUACAGUAUUCUCCAAGGGCAGCCAUAUUUCUCUGUGGACUCCAAAACAGGCAUAAUCAGAACGGCGUUAACAAACAUGGAUCGAGAAGCAAGAGAAUAUUACGAAGUCAUUAUCCAGGCCAAAGAUAUGGGUGGACAGCAGGGAGGAUUAGCUGGAACAUCCACUGUUAAUAUCACUCUCAGUGAUGUAAAUGACAAUCCUCCAAGAUUUCCUCAAAAACACUACCAAAUGAAUGUUUUAGAAUCAGCGCCUAUAAAUUCUACAGUUGGAAGGGUUCUAGCAAUGGACCAGGAUGAAGGAAUUAAUGCAGAAAUGAAGUACACCAUCAUAGAUGGUGAUGGACCUGAUAUGUUUAAUGUAACAACAGAUGCUACAUACCAAGUCGGAGUUAUCACAAUAAAAAAGCCACUAGAUUUUGAAAGCAAGAACAGCUACACGCUAAAGAUUGAGGGUUCCAACCCACACAUCGAAGUGCGCUUUUUUAACUUAGGACCAUUUCGUGAUACCACCACUGUACACAUUACUGUAGAAGAUGUCGAUGAACCACCAGUGUUUGAGUCAAGUCAUUAUUUCGUUGACGUCUCAGAAAAUGUUGAUAUUGGAACAACAAUACAAAUUGUUGCUGCAAAGGACCCAGAUGCAAAAAACAACUCAGUCAGGUAUUCAAUUGACAGAAACAGUGAUCCUGGAAGAUAUUUCUAUGUUGACAUUACUACAGGAGCAUUGAUGACAGCAAGACCUUUGGAUAGGGAAGAACUGGCAUGGCAUAAUAUCACAAUUUUAGCGAUGGAGAUGAACAAUCCAGCACAGAUUGGAAGUGUUCCAGUUAUGAUAAAAGUAUUAGAUGUCAAUGAUAAUGCUCCAGUAUUCACAAAAUUCUAUGAAACAUUUAUGUGUGAAAAUGCAAAAGCUGGACAGCUGAUUCAGACUUUGAGUGCAAUAGACCAAGAUGAUCCUCAAGAAGGCCAGCAUAUAUCCUACAGCCUGCCUCCAGAGGGAGCCAACAAUCCAAAUUUUACAUUAAGGGAUAACCAAGAUAACACUGCUUGGAUCUUAACCAGAAAAUCUGGCUUCAAACAGUCUGAACAGAGCACAUUUCACAUCCCCAUCUUAGUAGUAGACAAUGGGAGGCCCACACUGAGCAGCACCGGUACUCUAACAAUACAAGUUUGCAGCUGUGACGAAGAUGGUGACAUCAUGUCCUGCAGUGCUGAACCAUAUACAUUACCCAUAAGCCUCAGCAGAGGGGCAUUAAUUGCAAUUCUUGCUUGCAUAUUUGUGUUACUAGUGUUGGUGCUACUCAUUUUAUCAAUGAGAAGACACAGAAAACAACCGUAUACUAUUGAUGAAGAAGACAAUGUCCAUGAAAACAUUGUUAGAUAUGAUGAUGAAGGGGGAGGAGAAGAAGACACUGAGGCAUUUGACAUUGCAGCUUUGUGGAAUCCAAGGGAGGUUCAUGUUGGAAAAAGCAGGCAGGACAUGCAACCAGAGAUCGAAAGCUUGUCCCGUUAUGUGCCUCAGACAUGUAUGGUGGACAAUAAUGUUCACAGCUAUAUGUUGGCUAAGUUGUUUGAAGCAGACACAGACAUUUGUGCUCCUCCUUUUGACUCUCUUCAAACUUAUAUGUUCGAGGGAGAAGGCUCAGUGGCUCAAUCAUUAAGUUCACUACAGUCUCUCAGUACAGACUCUGAUCAGAGCUAUGAUUAUCUUACUGACUGGGGUCCACGUUUCAAAAAGCUUGCUGAGAUGUACGGAACCAAGGAUAGCAAUUCAUCUUUGUGA